CUCUGGGCAUGUUUCAACUAGAGAAGAAGCUGCUGCCCUGCCUUCCUUCUAUUGUGCUUCUUCAUAUUUUGCCUGCACAAGCAUAAAUACGAAGGAAUCACAAAUGGGCUUUUGCUCCGAAUAGUAAUUUCUCUUAAAUACUUGCCUAAAAUUCAUUAAUAUGCCCAUUUCCCGCUUCAUUUUCUUUUCCGCCAAGCACCGCUUCGCCCAUGCUUCCAAUCUUCUUCCAAGGUUUGGUUCAUCUAAGAGAAUUCAAUCUUGUGGCUAUACCAAAUCAGCAAAGAACAAUUAUUACAAAAAGCCAACUGGUCAUCCUGUUGUGAAUGUUGAAACACAGGCUUCUCGCUCGUCGGGUGCUUAUAUUAUUCCACCUAUUAUACUAGGAUUUGGUGGAUUGCUAGCUUUUCUGCAUUAUAAUGACGAGCGAAGAGCAGUUAAAAUAGGCAAGGACAGCUAUACCGGUAGUGAUACUGCAGCAGCUCCAAUUAUUGGCGGCCCAUUCACUUUGGUUAAUUCGGAAAAUCAGAUUGUUAAUGAACAGGACUUUCUUGGAAACUGGGUUCUCUUGUACUUUGGCUAUACAUCGUCUCCUGAUAUCGGACCUGAUCAAGUUCGGAUAAUGGCAAAGGCUAUAGAUACAUUAGAAUCGAAAGAGAAUUUGAAGGUUUUACCUGUAUUCGUGACAAUAGAUCCUCAGCGUGAUACUCCAGCGCAACUCCGGGCUUACCUCAAAGAGUUUGAUCCAAGAAUAGUGGGAUUGGGAGGACCUGUUAGUGCUGUAAGGCAAAUGGCACAAGAAUAUCGUGUUUAUUUCAAGAAGGUUGAAGAAGAAGGAGAUGAUUACCUCGUCGAGUCUUCUCACAGCAUGUAUUUGAUAAACCCGAAAAUGAAGGUUGUAAGAUGCUUUGGAGUAGAGUACAAUGCUGAACAACUAUCAAAGGAAAUAUUGAAGGAAUUGAAGAAACACCAAGUUAAUGCUUGAGUAGCACAAAAACUGUUGGCACCAACCCUUACCCUACGAUUUUCUCCGGAAUAGCUCGAUUUUCUCAUAGGACAAUUCAAAUUUUGAAUAUGAAUAGGAUGUAGUUCAUGAACUUGAUUGGCGGAAUUGAAUUCGAAAUCAUAAGAAGAUUUAAAGAUGUUGAGAAUUUGGCUGACAA